GUGCAGGGAAAUGGUUAAAGAGGGAUAAUGCAGGGGAAAGCUAGCACAGGCGGCUGUUCAGUUUGAGAGAGAGAGGAUUCUGUUGGUUAUGGCUGGAUGAGUAUUGCCAGAGAUAGACGUUGACUGACAGAAUUCACAUCCUUUGCAACACUCUGGAGAUCACAAGGACCAGUGAGGCUGCCAAUGCGUAGAGAUAAUUAUAACCCAAGCUAACCGCACAACUAUAGAAGACAACAUAAAGAUGAUACAGUUGCACUAUGUCCUGGGAAAAAUAUAAGACUUCAAGCCAAUGGACAGAGUCACCAGUGGUUGAAUAGUGGCAGUCUGGUGUGGUCACUACAUUAGUAAAGGACAUCAUACACUAUCCAAGUCCAGCAGUAUCACUCUGGUUAGUGUGUGCUCUUUCACCUCUGGGAAUGGGUUCACUGGCCCAGAUCUUGCUUCUGUGGUAUGUAUUCUCCAUUGGGCAUGGCUUGGUACCUUUGUCCGAUUUCUACCCCUUUGGUCGUGAAGAGGGUGACUCUGUAACCCGAAGACAAGACGAUGGUGGAUCAGGAUUAUUAUCUAUCUCUAGAGCAUUUACUUUCUUUGGGGACAAGCACAGUGGUCUUUAUGUAAAUAAUAAUGGAGUUGUCUCAUUCCUUCGAGAAGUGUCCCAAUUUACUCCUGUGGCAUUUCCAAUCUCCGGCGACCGUCGUGUGGUAGCUGCCUUUUGGGCUGACGUAGACAAUCGUAGAGGAGGAGAUGUAUUUUACAGAGAGACGGAGGAUCCCAGGGUCUUAUACCGUGCCAACAGAGAUGUCAACUCUUACUUUCCUGACCUGCCUGACUUCAAUGCCUCAUGGGUGUUUAUUGCCACUUGGCACAGGGUCACUUUCUAUGGUGGAGAUGCCAGUUCACCAGUGAACACAUUCCAGAUUGUACUUAUCACAGAUGGACUUCGUUCUUUUACCAUCUUCAACUAUGAGAUGAUAGAAUGGACAACAGGGAGACAUGCCAGUAGUGGUGGUGACAGUUCUGGAAGAGGGGGAAUUGCUGCCCAGGCAGGUUUCAAUGCAGGGGAUGGCUGGAGGUAUUUUAAUAUUCCUGGCUCUCGGACAGAUGACAUUGCAGGAAUUGCAAACACAACUAACAUAGGAAUUCCUGGACGCUGGGUCUUCCGGAUAGACAACAACAAUGUUCAGGUUGGAGGAUGCAGCAAUGCAACAUCAGUUUGUUGGAAUCUUCGGCCUUGUCAAAAUGGAGGUCGCUGUAUAGAUGACUGUGUCACCGGCAACCCUUCCUACACCUGCUCUUGUCUAAGUGGCUUUACUGGAAAGCAUUGUCACAUUGAUAUGGGGAGAUGCUUUUCUCAGCCCUGUCAGAACGGAGGCUCGUGUGUUGAUGUACCUGGUUCCUUCACUUGUCUGUGUCCCCCAGGUUUCACCGGAAUGGUGUGCGAUACAGAGGUAUCGCCAUGUGUUUACAAGACUUGCUGGAAUGGAGGAGUUUGCCAGGACUACUAUGGACUUGCGGUCUGUCUGUGUCCUUUAGGGUUCACUGGAAUACAUUGUGAAACAGAGAUCAGACCUUGUUCCUCAUCUCCUUGUUUAAAUGGAGGGACCUGUGUGGAGUCAGGAAUCACAUACACUUGUUCUUGUCCUCCUUGGUUCACAGGAGCCCACUGUGAGGAUGCUAUCAGACCCUGCUCAUCAACUCCUUGCCAGAACGGGGCAACAUGUGAAGAUGUGGGUGAUACAUUCAACUGUCUAUGUACCAGAGGGUUCACAGGAGUGAACUGUGAGACAGAACUAAAGCCAUGCUUUUCUUCUCCAUGUCUGAAUGGUGGCCUCUGUAAGGACGUGGGUUCUAGUUACAGCUGUCUGUGUCUGCGUGGGUUCACUGGACAACGGUGUGAGACUGAGUUGAAACCGUGUUAUUCAUCACCAUGUCUAAAUGGGGGGAUGUGUGAGAAUACCGGUGAUACGUAUCGGUGUGUGUGUCAUCAAAGGUUUACAGGGAGACACUGCGAAACUGAGAUUACACCCUGCUCUUCAUCCCCGUGUCUCAAUGGUGGAACGUGCAAAGAUUUGGCUGACAGCUACACGUGUUUGUGUACUCAGGGGUUCACAGGAGAUCAUUGUGAAACUGAACUCAAGCCUUGUUCUUCUGCUCCUUGUCUGAAUGGAGCAUUGUGUAAGGAUGUAGGUGAAAGUUACAGCUGUGUAUGCAAGCGUGGAUUCACUGGGGAGCACUGUGAGACAGAGAUCAAGCCCUGUGCAUCAUUUCCUUGCCUAAAUGGGGGGACAUGCAAGAAUCUGGAGGAUAGUUACAGCUGUGUGUGUGCAUGGGGGUACACCGGUGAACGCUGCCAGACUGAGAUUAAACCAUGUUCUUCAUUUCCAUGCCUGAAUGGGGCAAUGUGUAAGGAUGUGGGUGCUAAUUAUAUCUGUGUGUGUCCUCGAGGAUUCUCUGGUUCACACUGUGAAACAGAGUUAAGACCUUGCUUGUCAUCUCCUUGUAUAAAUGGUGCCACUUGUGAGGACAUGAGUGAUGGUUACAGCUGUGUCUGCACAGAAGGAUUCACUGGAGUACAUUGUGAGACAGAGAUCAAUCCUUGCUCAUCUUCCCCAUGUGUUAAUGGAGGUACCUGUGUCGAUCAGGGUGUAAAUUACAGCUGUUCCUGUCCCCAAAGAUUCACUGGGGAGCAUUGUGAAACAGAGAUCUUGGAAGUACCAGGGGCCUGUGCUUCCUCUCCAUGUCAGAACAAUGGCAAAUGUCUGGAAUCUGAGGGGGCAUACCUGUGUGAAUGUCCUGCUGGAUACACUGGGGUCAACUGUGAGAACCAUGUGUCCGAUGGCUGUGCCUGCAGGAAUGGGGGCCGCUGUGCAGACGGGAACAGCACCUGUCACUGCCUACCAGGAUUCUUUGGGCUGCUCUGUGAAUAUGAGGUGACGUCACUUCCCUGCAGCAUGGGCUCCCAGUGUCCUGAUGGUGGAUCAUGCAUGGAGUAUGGAGGCAGUUACCGGUGCGUGUGUCACACAGAUUAUAUCAUCAGUAACCACUCUUGGCCAUCUCCCUGUGACUCUGACCCCUGCUUGAAUGGUGGGAGAUGUGAAUCUCAUGAAGAUACAUAUUCCUGUGUGUGUCUACGAGGCUUCUAUGGGAGAACAUGUGAAAAGGUAAAGCCGGCUCUGUGCAGUCUGUUUCCUUGCCGGAAUGGAGGAACAUGUAAGGAAGUCAAUGAGGAAUAUUAUUGUAUUUGUCCUUAUCCAUUCACUGGGAAACACUGUGAAACAGGCAUUAGGGGCCCCUGCUCAUCAGGUCCUUGUCACAAUGGCGGCACAUGUUUUCAUUAUCUUGGCAAAUACAAGUGUGAUUGCCCACCCCACUUCUCCGGAAGGCACUGCGAGAAGGCAGAGUUGGACUGUGGACCUCCAGAACAUGUGAAAUAUGCCCAUGUGGUGGUGACUUCAACAUGGCCAGGUGGUAGAGCUGAAUAUCAUUGUAAUGAUGGCUACAUAAUGAGCCCCGCUAACAACACUCGUGUUUGCAGUGAGAAUGGAAUGUGGAGCGAGGCACCGCAGUGCGAGGAAAUUGAUGAAUGUGAAUCACAGCCCUGCCAAAAUGGCGCUGUAUGCAAGGAUCGCAUUUCCCAUUUUUUGUGUGAAUGCCAGGAUGGAUAUAUUGGGAAACACUGUGAAAUAGAGAUGAAUGAAUGUUUCUCUGAACCUUGUAAGAACGGAGGCAGCUGCCAGGAUUUAGCUGGGGGAUUCCUGUGUACGUGUCCCGAGGGCUACGUUGGCACACAAUGUGAGACUGAGCUGGAUGGCUGUGACUCUUCUCCAUGCCAGAAUGGGGGCAUCUGUGAGAAUCUGGCAGGCUCGUACCUGUGUGUGUGUCCAAGAGGAUUCUUUGGCUAUCACUGUGAGACAGUGAGUGAUCUAUGCCUCUUGAACCCAUGUGGCAGCCGUGGCGUCUGUGUGUCUGGUACGGAUGGCACUGUGAGCUGUACAUGUCGGACUGGCUAUACUGGGAUCACUUGUGAAAGAGAGAUGCUGCCUCCUCUCUCUCUGUCACUGGGUGCAGUAGGAGAGAACAGCGUGUGGGUAUUUUGGACUCCACCAGAAGAAGUGCCCGGACACUUGCCGGAUGGUUUUGCUGUGAGCUAUACAGCACUAGAUGGUUCCUCCCGAACUGACUUUGUAGAGAGAGGGAACACUGAACAUGAGCUUCGAGGUCUCAGCCCCGGACGUCCUUACAACAUCACCAUUGUCACUGUGAAACGAAAUCUGAGGCACAAUGACAUCAGCCGCCCGCUCACACUUACUGCCCGCACAAGGCCACCAACUGUGGACAGAGCUCGUAUUAGUUCUGUGUCAGAAUCAUCUGUCGUGGUUGCCUGGUCACUGAACCCUCACCGACACAUUCCUGUGGCUCAUGUCCGACUGUCUCUGCAGCAUCCUAAUGACAGAACUCAGCAAGCUGAGCAGGAGCCCUCCAUAGGAGAGUACACCUUCAGAGAUCUGGAUCCUGGAGAGAAAUACACCAUUCUAAUCAGCACAUUAAGCAGCUCUGACCCUGGCAAUCCUCCUUCGGAGUCCCUGCCUAGUGCUCCUUUAGUAGCUUGGACACGUCCACUUCCACCAAGUAACCUCUCAGCAGUACUUGUCACCACCAGCACUGUGCACCUGAACUGGGACACUCCUCCAGCUGACUCAGUGGAUGGCUACACACUGAAUGUCACGCACAAUCAUAGCACAAAGAGUCGUUAUGUGCCAAAUGGGAAGAUGACAUCAUACACUGUGCGAGACCUGCAGCCUGGGCAGAGAUACAGGGUGACAGUGACUGCACUACGCAAUACUCCACAGGGCCCUGUGAAUAGCGACCCCAGGACCCUGCGUAUACAGACAGUUCAGAGAGAGGGGCCUCAGGAGCGUCGAUGGACUCCACCCAGAAUAUUAAGGAACAGACCCCCACCACAGGCUCCUCCAGAGGUUCGAAUGUUGACAGAAAGAGGCCCACCUCCUGCUGAGGGUCCACAAGCACACAGAUUCACAGAGUUGACAGAUGGUAGAAGACGUAUAACAGCCAGCUUCAACCACCAUCACAAUAAAUCCAUCAAUGUCACAAAAGAGCCUGAAGCUCCUAUCAGAGUGGAGAACACAGAAGGGUCACCCAUCCCCUUGAGGCAAGCAUUGCAGCUGCCAGAUCCACAGCAGAGACCCAGAGAUGGAGUAAGACGAGGCUGCCUGGAAACCCCAUGUAUUAAUGGGGGAACCUGUGUGAAUGGAGAGGUCUGCGAUUGCCCACCAGGGUUCAAAGGACAUCAGUGCCAGCUGGCCUGCAGAAAGGAGACGUUUGCCUGCACCAGACUGUACUCGGAGACGUUGUCACAUCCUAUGUGGGAGGGAGGAGUUUGUCAUCACCUGUACAGGCGGGUGUACAAGAUACAGUAUGAUGUGUGCUCCAGAGAGAUCUGUGAAGGAGCUGCCAGAAGUAGACCAAAGACCAAAGUCCCCGGUAAGCCUUGAAGAUGAGGAACAACAAAGAAGCAUUUGCUGCCACGUGGGGAAGGAUUUAAAUGUCACACGUCCCCAUGGGAGACACUGCUGAGCUUGUUUCUCCCCCC